AUGCAGCAAAUAACGGAAAAGGUUGAUCGUCAUGAGAAACUGACGAAUAAAUUAGAAGAUGAAGUCAAGAGACUUGACCAGGCAAGCAAGGAUGCUAAAAAGGAGAACGAGCGGAGGAAAGCGGAAAAUGAGGAGCUGCAACGUACGAUUGCUGGUUUGACAGAUGAAAUGCACGAAAAAUUUGACGUUGUGGCAGCUGGCGACCAACUCGGCUUCGCGUACAUAAAACUACGAAACUUACUUUUCGCCGCACGGGAAGAGAUUGCAAAGAUUCUACAGCUCAAUCAAAACAACCCUGACCAGGAUCAUCUUGGUGCUUUUCACGAUGUGUUCUGUUUUGGGACAAAAACAGAUAGAAUCCAGAGGCUGCAGGAAGCACUCCACACUCAGGAAUCCCUCCAUCCUACCUCUCGUUUCUGA